AUGCCAUUUAAAGCAUAUAAUAAUAAGAAGAAGACUCGUCUGUAUCUUGAAUCAAAUCGAAUAUUCAAAUGGUUAGAAAAUCAUUCGAAAAACUCAAAAAAUGCUGCAAGUGGUCGUGGUAACCAAGCAUAUGUACUAGCUGCUACGUCAAUUUACGAUGAUUGGGUUCGUAAUAAUUAUGAAUUACAAGUCUGGCAAGCUUAUUUAAAAUUAGCAACGGAAAAGAAGCAUUGGGCUAAAGAAGUCGUUCAACGUACAAAAAGACGUGACGAUGUACUUAAUACACGAUUUGUUCAGAAGAAAAUUAAUCAAUUAACUAGCAAUAUUUCUGAAGCAAGUGCUGCAAUUUCAGAUUUACAAAUCCAAUUAUCUACAUAUUGGAUGCAAACUACAUCUGAAAUAACAAAUCAAAGAUUAGCUCAAACAACGGCUAAUUUAGUAGCCAGACAAUUAUCAGUUGACAGAGCACGUCAAACAACAACUGCAGGAAAUAUAGGUACAGAUACAGACGAUGAAUUAGAUACUGGAACUACAGGAACUGCAGGAACUACAGGAACUGCUCCAACAACUACAGCAACUACUACUACCACUACUA